AUGAAUAAGUAUAAGGGAGUAUAUGUACAUAAUGUAUAUACUACAGUAAGAAAUAGACUAAAUAUAACUAUAAUACUACUAUUAUAUAUACACAGUAUAUACACACAGAUAACACUAAAACAAGCAGAAUAUAUACAGAGACUGAAAUUAGAUAAUAAUUUAGUAAUAAACUCACUGGGAAGUCUUUCUCCAUUCUAUCAAUACACAAUCGGGAAGAGUGAAUAUUUAAAAAAGAAGCUGCCUGAGGACUUUUAUAAUAUAAAAAAUAAUAAAAUUAUAAGAGAAGUAGAUACACACAGUGUACAUGAAGGUAUUCAUAAUAAGUAUACAUCCAGUAUAUAUAUACAAUUAAUAAGGAAUAUGUAUCCAUCAGAACAUGGAUAUUUAUCUAUUGAAUCGGACUCAUUUGAUUCAUUGAGUUGUUUUCUGUCGGAGUAUAAGAAUACUAAAGGUAUUAUGUAUGUCCUUGCUUCUUUAUUCCUCCUUGCAGAAAGGGUUAAUAUUCCCAUUGAAGUAGUGAAGGAUUUAAAGGGUGUUAAGAAUAAUUCAUGGAUUAUUCUAAAGAAAAAAGGAAAAGAGAAUGAAUUUCAUGUUAAUUUGAGUAUGCUAGUAUGGAAUAAAGUAGAUAGAAUAAGUACUGUGUUAAUAUACCAGAAGAGAACUGAAUAUAUAAUUAACUUCUUUAAAAAACUUAUUAAACUAAAUAAGUCUUCAGAAGUACCAGAAGAAUCCUUAAGUAGUAACUUAUUAAACAAUCCAAGAUUUCUUAUUCAGACGUACUUAUUUGAGUAUAUAGACAGUAUAGAUAUGUACCAGGAAUUUGUAAAGUGUGUAUAUAAUUUACUGAUUGAACAACUGCCGAAUAAAAAUGAUACUCCACUCACAGAGACAGAGAAGCAUAUAAAAACAGUCUUUGAUGGUUUAUUUAUUGAUGCAAAUUUGAAUGAGAGUAUUAAAAAUAGAGAAUAUAUUGAAUAUUUGAAGUCAGCAGAGCAUGAAUUAAAUAAUGAAAUUAUACCAAUACCAUAUAUAAAGAAAGCUAUUGGAUUUCCAAAUAAUAAAGAAUUGAAUGAAGAUCCUAAAAGUAUAAAAAUAACAUAUACUAACCAGAUAAAAUCUACUCUUCUAGAUAUAUUCCUUCUGCUUACAUUUAAUGCUAAGACUAUGUCAUACGAUAUAAGGCAUCUGCCUAGUCCAUCAAAAGAUUUAAGGAAGUUCUUUAGUAAGUAUAAUAAUCCAUUACAGCCCAUGGAUCAUAAUAUGCAUAAUGACUGGAACAAUAUUCUAGAAAACAUAUCUAAUCAAAGUGGUUCUUAUCAAGUAAACGAUGACCGCAUUCUUGAUUUUCAGAUAUUUAGUAUAUUAUACGCUAUAAGAACAUUAGCAGGAAGUACAUACCCACUGGAUCAUGCAAUUAAGCUUAAAAAAGAAGAUAUGCUUAAUAAAACUAAUAAUAAUUCUGAUAAGGAUAUAAAAACUCCUAUACAAAAUGGGUUUAAAUUACUUUCAAUAGAGAAGAAUAUAAAAAUAGGAUAUAAAAAUAUUUAUGAAAAAAAAGAAAAAGACUCCAAGAAUAUAAGAAUAAGCACUAAUUUUAAUAUUAUUUAUAAAAAAACGAAUGCCAGUGACUCACCCACUAUUAACAUAGAGAUUAUUACUAGAUCAUUAUAUGAUGUUAAGAUUAAAUAUAUGGUCUCUCAUAGUAAGUUAAAUAAUACCGAUAGUAAAGCUAAAAUAAUAUUCCAGAAUAUACAAGAAAAGUAUAAAACACCAAAAACCAAUAUAGAAUAUAUAAUGAAAGUAUAUGCAGAUACUCAUGUAGAUAAAUUAUCUUAUAUAUUUGAUAAAAAUCAUAAUUAUACUAAUACAAAAUAG